AUGCCAGACAACUGUCGGGAUUCUUCCCUACCAGAGGCGGUCCAGGACGCAAUAGAGGUUACAGAGGAUCCACGAGCACAAGACGACCUUACGGUCCUUUCCACAGUCCGAGGUUUCCAGAUAGAGCUGGUGGAGUCCCCGCAUCAUAAUCCUCAGAGACUUACUUCUUCAAGGGGAUUGGAUGGUGAAACUCGAUCUCAAGGACGCAUACCUAACUGUCCCGAUCAUAGACUCCUCCAGAGAUCUCCUUCGCUUUCUAUUGAAAGGGGAGGUCUGGCGUUUUACCUGUCUUCCGUUCGGUCUCUCAUCCGCCCCUUGGUGUUUCACCAAGCUAAUGCGUCCAGCUAUGGCGUGGCUGCGCAGUCGAGGUGUAAGCCUAAUGAUUUACCUGGACGAUAUUCCCAUCUUAGCGCAGGAUCAUUCCGUUCUUCUCAAACAUCUCAAUUGGACUAUGAACCUCCUCUCUCGUUAAGCUUCCUUCUCAAUCCAGAGAAAUCGGUUCUAACCCCAUCUCAGACCAUGGAAUUCCUAGGCUUUACAGUGAAUUCACUUAUGGAAACUUUAAGCCUCCCUCCGGCAAAGGUCAGAGCUAUCCGCAGGGAAUUGAGCAGGGCGUUGACUAUGUGGCAAAUCUCUCUUCGUCGCUUGGCCCGAAUUAUCAGCCUCCUUUCCUCUUCUAUCCAAGCGGUCUUCCCGGCCCCACUCCAUUACCGGGCCCUUCGACGUCUGAAGACUGCUCAUCUCCAUGCCGGAGCUUCGGACAUUAUGGUGUUAACUGAAUACCUUCCAGGCCUGCACAACACCCAGGUGGAUUGGAGUUCUCGUGAUCUCUUCGACGGCAGCGAUUGGAUGGACGAGGAGGUGUUCUUUGCUAUCUUGUCUCUUUGGGGUCCUUUCUCUAUAGACCUCUUCGCCUCCCGUCUGAAUACGCAGCUUCCCCAUUUCUUCAGUUCCACCUUUGUGAUGUCCAUGGCCCGGUCGCUGGGAUGGCUUUUUCUUGGUGCUCUUGGUUGUGGGGCUGUAGUAAUGGAAACGUUGCUUCCCCGAGCUGAAGGGCCUGUGGUGAAUGUUGCUUUAGUAUUUGGUGGGUCAUUUCCACAGAUGGAAGUGAUAGGACCACUGAUUCCAGAUGGAUCUUUACGUCUACCUCUUGACAUUCACACAGUCACUAUGCUUGUGAACGAUAGCGGCCCAGGACCACUCUUGCGCCAACUGUGCCUGGCUUUAAAAGAAGCACAUGCGGUGGUGUUUCAGGACAAUAUUGGAACAGAGGCUGUGGCCCAAAUACUAGAUUUUAUUUCUUCUCAGACUCUAGUACCAAUUAUUAGCAUUAGCGGAGGAUCUGCUGUGGUAUUGACUCCAAAGGAGCCGAAAUCUUCCUUCCUGCAGAUGGCAGCCUCAGUGGAGCAGCAGCUCACUGUCAUCUUCAAAGUGUUGGAGGAAUACGAACUUGGUCCAUUCUCUGUGAUUACAAGUCAUUAUCCUGGUCACCGGGUAUUCUUGAAGACAGUCAGAGCUUUGUGUGAAGCUAUUCAACCAGGUUGGGGCCCUCAAGAUGAACUGAUAAUAGAGCCAGGAACUGGUCCAAGGGGGGCCCAGAAAGUACUCCGACAAAUUUCAGCUCCUGUGCUGCUACUAUUUUGCUCCAGAGAGGAGGCUGAGGAGUUGUUCCCAAUUGCUGGUGAAGCUGGACUACUUGGACCAGACCAUAUCUGGAUUGUACCUAGUUUUACAAUUGGUUCUCCAGAGCAGCCUGCUGAAUUCUUCCCUGUUGGACUUGUUAGCGUGAUGACUGAUGGCUGGCGGAGGAGCCUACGACAAAAGGUUCAGGAUGGAAUAGCAGUAAUUGCUGCAGCAGCUAGGAACUAUUUGCAGAAACAUGGUGAGCUGCCCAAUCCUGGAGGAACCUGUUUGACACCAGGACAAAUGCCAGGAAAUGACACUUUGUAUAGGCAUAUGAUGAAUAUAAUGUGGCAGGAGAGGGACCUAUCCUUCAAUACCCAAGGGUUUCUACUAAAUCCAUCCAUGCUGGUCAUUACAUUGACACCACAACGGGUAUGGGAGGAGGUUGGCAGGUGGGAACAUGGUAUAAUACGUAUGAAGUACCCAGUAUGGCCACGAUAUGGCAGUGGUCAACAACUUGUGUCAGAUACUCAUCACCUUACUGUGGCCACCUUAGAAGAGAGACCAUUUGUUAUUGUUGAGAACACAGAUCCAGUCUCUGGAGACUGUGUACGGAACACGGUGCCUUGUCGCAAACAGAGCAACCUGACAUUAAGCAGUUCAGGCGAACCUUACUCCAAGCUAUGCUGUAAAGGCUUCUGUAUUGACAUCCUGAAGAAGUUGGCUCGUACUGUUAAGUUCUCAUAUGAUCUUUACCUAGUGACAAACGGCAAACAUGGGAAACUUGUACGAGGAGUGUGGAAUGGAAUGAUUGGCGAGGUAUAUUAUCAACGUGCUCACAUUGCUAUUGGGUCUCUAACGAUAAAUGAAGAGCGUUCCGAGAUUGUGGAUUUCUCAGUUCCCUUUGUAGAGACUGGAAUCAGUGUCCUAGUGUCACGUAGCAAUGGAACAGUGUCCCCCUCAGCUUUCCUAGAACCAUAUAGCCCAGCGGUCUGGAUGAUGAUGUUUGUCAUGUGCCUAUCUGUUGUAGCAGUGACCGUAUUCAUCUUUGAGUAUUUCAGCCCAAUGGGAUAUAAUCAAGAUCUAAGCAAUGGAAAACGUUUAGGAGGUCCAAGUUUCACCAUCGGUAAAUCCUUAUGGCUGCUAUGGGCAUUGGUGUUUAAUAAUUCAGUUCCUAUACAGAAUCCCCGUGGUACUACCAGUAAGAUCAUGGUGCUAGUCUGGGCCUUCUUUGCAGUAAUAUUCUUGGCUAGCUACACAGCCAAUCUAGCUGCCUUCAUGAUUCAGGAGCAGUAUAUAGACACUGUGUCUGGCUUGAGUGACAGGAAGUUCCAGAAGCCGCAAGAGCAUUACCCGCCUUUUAGAUUUGGAACUGUCCCAAAUGGCAGCACUGAGCGUAACAUCCGCACCAAUUAUCCUGACAUGCACAGUUACAUGGUGAGAUACAACCAGCGAUCAGUGGAAGAUGCUCUUGCCAGCUUGAAGUCUGGAAAGUUGGACGCCUUCAUUUAUGAUGCAGCAGUGCUGAAUUACAUGGCAGGCAAGGAUGAAGGGUGUAAGCUGGUGACAAUUGGAAGUGGGAAGGUCUUUGCUACAACAGGGUAUGGUAUUGCUCUACAGAAGAACUCGCGGUGGAAGCGACCCAUUGACCUGGCAUUACUACAGUUUCUAGGAGAUGGUGACACACAGAGACUGGAGACAGUGUGGUUAUCAGGCAUUUGUCAAAAUGAGAAGAAUGAGGCGGUGAGCAGUAAACUGGACAUCGACAACAUGGCCGGAGUCUUCUAUAUGCUACUGGUGGCUAUGGGGUUGAGUCUUCUGGUCUUCUCUUGGGAACAUCUUGUCUACUGGAGGAUGAGACACUGUUUGCCCAGCUCUUGUGUGGAACAGAGUCUGCUGGGAAUCAGUCGGGGGAUUUACAGUUGUUUUCGUGGUGUCCAAAGUCCAUCCCGUGGAACUGCUUGCCCUAACCCAGAUGUGACAGGGACUCCCGUACCAGCCAAUGUUUUGAGGGUACUCCAAACAGCAAGGGAUCUGGUUUCUUCCUCUGGAGUUGGAGGUUCCCUGGAGACUGCAUCUCAUGCUCUACGUACAUGGAGACAGCGGAGUGCGAGUCUUCAAGUUGCUUUCUCUGUGCAAGGAUCACAGCAGCCAACUCAAACCAUUUCUUCCCCUCAGUGUGGUGUCAUCACCAAACCAGUGGCAACUGUAAACCAUGCUCCAAUUGGACCUCUUCUUUCUCCUGCAUUAAGGUCUUCUCAUGCUUCUGCUUGCUUUUCACCAGAGGAGAUAGAUCCCUCAUCAAUAACACAUACAUUCCUGCGUCAGGAGAAUGUCCCGCAAGUGUCCCUCAUUUCACAGAAUGGAAGCCUACAAGACAAAAAACUAGGCAUUGGCAGCAGCCCUUGUGAUAUUUCCCACCUGACAGUAAGCAAAAGACUGGAGCCGAUGCACAAACCACCGACCACUUCCAAAGUAGGCUCUCCGCACUGCAGAGCUUGGUGCCCAUCCCCUAUUCCAAGGCGAGUAUCAAGAAGACCUUACCUGCUGUGCGAUUCCCUCCAAAGGGAAGACUGGAGGCUACAACAACGUUGUGGUGGACCUUUUUACUGUUCUCUUCCUCAUACCUCUCAUGUGUGCCCUUUCUGCAGCAACAGCAAUAGCUAUCCUAUGAGAAAUAGAGGCGGUAAAUUGUGUAAUCCUGUUCCCUAUAAGUCUUCCCAAAAUGAAGCAUGUUUUCAGGAGACAACCUCCACACAUGUCAUGCCAUCCACCUUAACCAACAGAGACAUGCACACUGUUUUUAGCAUGGCUACUCUAGGAAGGACUGCAUGUUACUCCCACAUGGGAAAUAAUAGGAAUCCUUCCUCUUCAUCUUUAGGAACAUUUCCAGGUGGCAGUGCAGGAACCCACCACCCUACUGAAACAUGGAGGAGAAUUAGCUGGGAGUCAGAAGUGUGACAUUUAUGAAAAUACCUGUGUAUACUAUCACAAUAGGAACUCUGACAGAUUAUAAAGAU